AUGAAAAAUCUGUUUAGGGCAAAAGGUCUAUGGAGUUUGGUGGAGAUUGGUUUUGAAGAGCCAAGAGAAGGGACGAGACUAAUUGAAACACAACAAGCACAACUCGAGGAUGCUAGAAUCAAGGAUCAUCAAGUCAAGCAUUAUCUGUUGCAAGCAAUUGAUCGAACUAUUUUUGAACAAAUCUUGGAUCGUCACACAGCCAAGAUCGUUUGGGACUCAAUGAAGCGGAAAUUUGGAGGAAAUUUGAAGGUGCAGAAAUCUCUUCUUAACUCUUUAAGAAGAGAGUUUGAGGUUUUAGCAAUGAAGAGGAAUGAAACCAUCACUGAGUAUUUCGCAAGAGUGAUGAUGGUCUCAAAUAAGAUGAGAAGUAAUGGAGAAGAUAUGCCUGACAGGAAAAUGGUUGAAAAAUUUUUACGAACUCUAACUGACAAGUUCACAUAUGUUGUAGUAUCCAUCGAAGGAUCAAAAGAUACUGACAACAUGUCUAUCGAUGAAUUACAUAGUUCAUUAGUGGUGCAUGAACAAAAAUUCCAUCGACCAAGCAAUGAUAAUGAGGAUCAAGUUCUCAAAGUAGAAGGUCAUUCAGGAACAAGCAAUAGAGGGAGAGCACCCUACCGGGGAAGGGGACAUGGAAGAGGAAGAACAACUUUCAACAAAGCAACUGUUGAACAACUACAUGAAGCCAAAAGGAGCGAUGCAUGGUUCUUGGAUUCUGGAUGUUCAAAUCACAUGUGUGGAAAUCAGGAUUUGUUUUCAAGCUUGGACACAACUUUCUCUUACAUUGUCAAGCUUGGAAAUAAUACAAGAAUGAGGGUCACUGGAAAAGGGGAUUGUGAAAUUAUUCUUGCAGGGAGUUUGUUAUUCCAUUGGUAA